AGUACAUCAGGCAUACCAGUGCACGUGAUCACGACAUGGGUCAAAGAUAAUGAUCAGAACGUGUUUUUGGACUGGUUUCAAUUAAAGGUUUGCAGGUUUGUUGUUGUUGGGUAUAUAUCUUGUUGCUACAAACAUGAAGUGCACAUUGGUUGAAAAAAUGCUAAAAAACCAGGAAAAGGAACCAGAAAAAGAAAAAGCAAGUGCAGUGGACCAAGCAAACGCGGAACGAGACCAUCCACCAUGGCAGUCAAUCAAAGAGAGACUAAGAUACACCAGCGAGUUGGUAAUAGGCGUCGCAUUGCUGAUGACGUUCAGUUGGUAUCUUGCGUACUCUCUGAUGCAGGAAAAAGACAACUGUCGAUUGUUAUUUGCGGAAGGACAAUGGGUUGGUGAUACCUGGAAACCAAAGGCUUGCGAGAUUCAUGUCUACAAAAGAAGUGAGAUAGAAAUUUGUCUACGAAACAACAAAGUAUACUUCAUUGGUGAUUUGAAACUACAUAAACUAUAUCACACGCUUGAAGAAAGAUUGCGAAAUCAAAGUCUAACGGAAAGAGAUAAUACGAGAGAAAAUAUGAAUUACACGGAUUUUCACGAAGGAAUCGAGCUGGAAAUUCAAACGAUUCCUGCAUCAAAAGAAAAACUUGACCGACUGUUAAAACUAUGGCUAAAGGCAAAGACCAAAGUGCCAAGUCUGGUUAUCAGCUCCUUCGGACAGAUGGAGAAUCUGGUAAAAGGAAAGUCAUCAAUGGAAGUUUAUCGAGAGAAUCUGACAGAAUAUAAAAGAUUUCUAAGCAAAUUAUCACAAAUCCAGCGAAACAAGGUGCUUGGCAAAAUUCAACCUCGAAUUGUAUGGAAACUUGAAGAGCCUGUUUCAGUGUCACAUUAUGGUAGAAACAUUUCAAACAAAGCAAACGAAACAAUUCAAGAGGCAAACCUUGCUGCCAGAUCCAUCAUGAAAUCAGCCAGUAUUAGAAUAAUGGAAGCAAGCUAUGAAAUGGCCAGAACUGAAGAUAUUAAUAGCGAGCACAGGAAAAAUAUAAAAAAUGCGGAGAUUGACUUGAUUCUGAAUUUAUUCUGCAACCAAUUGAUCCAGCCAAAAGAUGCGACAUGCUGCAAAAAAGUGGAAGGGACAAUGAGAUACCAUUACAGUGCAAUAACAAUACUGGCAUGCUGCAUGUUGCUUUUUAUUGUGCUGAUUUUCUGGAGUCGAAGUUGAUGAAGACAAGAUAGCAGUUUUCUCGUAAUUGAAGAACACCGAUUAUGAAGAGGAGAAAUCUACGUCACACGCGAAGUCAGUCAAAAAAGAACAGAC